AAACAAAAAAGGGAGCGAGAUCUAACCACAAAAACGAGCAUUGGAUCGAAAUCCCCCGCUCUUGUUGAAGAGCGAGCGAGCAAGCCGACGACGGCGGUUGCCUCGCCGCCCUCCUCCUCCUCCUCCUCCUCCUCCCCCUGCUUCGCCUUCACGACCACCACCAACACGAAGUUUAAAAAGGAUUGACGCGGACGAGGCGGCGAAGAAGGAAGAAAAGUCUCUCUUUUUAGGAAAAAAAAAAUAUUGCUUGCCGGGGAGAAGAGUGGUAGAAAAUGUGAAAGCUGCUGAUUUUUGACCAUUUCAAUGGUUCUUUGAAAUCUGGCCAGCUUAUAUUAUUCGGGAUCUCUCUACCUUCUGCCCUUCCUCUCUCCGUUUCCAGUCCUCGUUGUAGAUCUCGUGGCUCCCCAAGCUGACUCUCCCCCUCCGUUGCUGCCUGCUGGAUCUUUGCCCCAGGGCAACCUCCUUUGACUCUCAGUGCAGUAGAUUCUCUUGGAUGAUAGAACUUGCAUGCUACAAUCUUGAUUCCAGUGUGUCGUGGUUAUUUUUAGUAUUCAAUUAAGUGGUCAUCGUUAAUGAUGAAUAGUCUGUGAUAAUAUUUUUGGACUCUUGUUUGGGAAGAACAAUAUGAAAAUGCCUGAAGCAUGGCAUUUAGGCAAUGGGAAGGUGCAAACCAUGCCAUUAGUACGCCACAGACCAACUUCAAAACGACCUCAAUGGAUCCUCAUCUUGAUAUGCAUGGUGUGUGUAGCCUUAAUUGGGACAUAUGUUUAUCCCCCUCGCCGGUAUUCUGCUUGUUACUUCUCUGCUUCAAGUGUUUGUAAUCCCUUUAAGGAUUGGUUACCUCCUGUGCCCCGUGUUCAUACGGAUGAAGAGGCUGCUGCACAUGUUUUUAUCAAGGAAAUUCUCUCCAUGCCAUCUAUUGAGCCAAAAAAUCCCAAAAUAGCUUUCAUGUUCUUGACUCCUGGCUCACUGCCCUUGGAGAAACUCUGGGAGAAAUUCUUUCAGGGUCAUGAUGGGAGAUUCUCCAUUUAUGUGCAUGCAUCACGUGAAAAGCCAGUCCACGUGAGCCCUUUUUUUGUGGGAAGUGACAUUCGAAGCGCAAAGGUUACCUGGGGAAAGAUUUCUAUGGUUGAUGCAGAGAAGCGGCUUCUAGCAAAUGCACUUCAAGACCCUGAUAAUCAGCACUUCGUAUUACUUUCUGACAGCUGUGUUCCUCUUCAUAACUUUGACUAUGUCUACAACUAUCUGAUGGCAACAAAUGUCAGCUUCAUUGACAGUUUCUGGGAUCCUGGCCCUCAUGGAAAUGCAAGGUAUACUGAGCAUAUGCUACCCGAAAUUGAAGAAAAAGACUUCAGAAAGGGUUCCCAGUGGUUCACAAUGAAGCGGCGACAUGCCUUAAUUGUCAUGGCAGACAACCUUUACUAUACAAAAUUCAAGCUCUUUUGCAAGCCAGGUUUUGACAGUCGCAAUUGCUAUGCUGAUGAACAUUAUCUCCCAACUCUAUUAACGAUGGUGGAUCCUACUGGAAUUGCUAAUUGGUCAGUGACACAUGUGGAUUGGUCAGAAGGGAAGUGGCAUCCAAAAGCAUACCGCGCUCAAGACAUCAGUUACGAGCUCUUGAAGAACAUAACAUCCAUUGAUGAGAAUUUCCAUGUCACCAGUGAUGAAGAGAAAUUUAUAAGCCGGAAACCUUGCCUGUGGAAUGGAAUGAAGAGACCAUGCUAUUUGUUUGCGAGGAAAUUUUAUCCCGAAGCUGUCGACAAUCUGAUACAACUAUUCUCCAGUUACACAGUUAUAUAGCAUAUCAACUCAGUUACCAUUCUUUUGGGUGUUAUCUUGCCUCCUACAUCAUAUCUUCUUCGCUUUGAAGCAUUCAAAUGACUGGGAAAUAUUUUUCUACGAUUGAGGUGGCUAACUGAUACACUGCACAGUGGGUAUUAGAUUGUGAUAAGUUGGAUCGAUUCUUUUGUAAUUCUGAAACAGUUUGAAGGAAUGCCAAUUAGGAUUAGGCUUACGAAA